UUGAAAGUUGAGGGAGGGAGGGGAGGGCGGGGUGGCAGGUAGCCUGAGGCAUCAGGUGUUCAUGCAGGGAGAAAGAGGAGAAGUGGAACAGCAACAAGAUGAAUGAGCUCCAUAGCACUGGAUAUGUGAUAAGGGGAGCCCAGGACUGUGCUGGGUCUAUGACAGUAUGUGUACGUCAAGAUCAGACAUAAGAACAGCUGUAGGAGGGACAUCAACUUGUAUUAGUCAUCUGGAACUGGAUGGAAAGGAAGAAGACAAUGCAGUUGGAUAAGAAAAACAUCCAUUAGUUUCUCUUUGGAUUUAUGCAUGAGGAUUCGAUUCUGCUGGAUCAUGGCUGGCAAGCAAGGGAGGCAGUGGAGGUCCAUGUGCAAAGGCCUGGUCCUAGGCACCCUCCUGACCAGCUGUAUGAUCCUGCUUUACUGCCUCUCCACUCCUCAGAUGCACAUCAGUCUGCCUGAGGUUCCAGUGCCUUACUCAUGUGCCCACCGUCCAUCCCAGCUCCACCCUAAACCAACCACAAACAGCUCACAACAAACCACUGGCCAGACCUGCACUCCUAAAGUGGAUAUCAUGUUCAUGAAGACCCACAAAACAGCUAGCAGCACUUUCCUCAACAUCCUUUUCCGCUUUGGAGAGAAGCACCGGCUCAAAUUUGCCUUCCCUGACAGCAGGAAUGACUUCUUCUACCCAUCUCUUUUCCAGCGCUCCCAGGUCAAAGACUACAGACCUGGAAUGUGCUUCAAUGUUAUCUGUAAUCACUUGCGCUUCAAUGCACCUGAGGUGGCCAAGCUGCUACCUAUGGACACUUCCUAUAUCACUAUUCUGCGAGACCCCGCAGAGCUUUUUGAGUCUUCCUUCCACUACUUUGGCCGGCUGGUGCCUUUGACCUGGAAGAUACCAGGUGAUGACAAGCUGACUGAGUUUCUACGUGACCCCCAUUGCUACUUUGAUCCAGAGGGCUUCAACUCUUUCUACCUCAAGAAUCUGCUGUUCUUCGACUUUGGACAGGACAACACUCUGGAGCUGGAUGAUCCGCGGGUGGAAGAGGGAAUCAAAUUCAUCACUGACCGUUUUCAGCUGGUCAUGUUGGUGGAAUACUUUGAGGAAUCACUCAUUCUGCUCAAGGAUGCCCUCUGCUGGGAGAUGGACGACUUGCUCUUCUUCAAGCUCAACGCCCGUAAGGGAUCCACUGUGUCUAAACUGACCCCUGAGCUAAGGGUUAGGGCUCUUGAGUGGAACGCUAUUGACUGGAAGCUAUACCAGCAUUUCAACCAGACUUUUUGGAGGAAAGUAAAUGCAUACGGACAUGGGCGGAUGGCUAAGGAUGUGGCAGAGCUCAGGAGAAGAAACGCGGAGAUGGCCUCCAUCUGCAUUGAGGGUGGUCGUGCUGUAGAAGCUGGCAGAAUCCAAGAGACAGCCAUGCAGCCCUGGCAGCCCAUUGGAGAGAAGUCCAUCAUGGGCUAUAACCUGAAUAAGAAUGUGGACAAGGCGCAUCGCAAGUUGUGCCGUAAGAUGUUGAUGCCAGAGCUUCAGUACUUAACAGAGCUUGGGGUGAACCUGUGGAUCACCAAGCUGUGGGGCCAUGUCCGAGAUAUCAUUAACUGGUGACUAGGCACGUGAGCAAGAGGGGCCAAUUCAACUCUGACAGACUGUAUUAAAAGAAGUCUGACUGUGUGGCUGACACAUUUCAAUCUUAUGACUUGCCUCAUUUUAUUGAAAUGUUUCCACAUUGACUUGUUUGCACUGUAAUGUAUUUGAUGGGUGCUUAAGAAAAAAAAAGACAUUGUAGACUUCACAAUCUACAAAUACUGAACCAGUCUACUACUGGCAGAUGAGGCUUAGUAUUGUUCUCUAUGUUUAUGAGUCCGUUUUCAAACAUUUAAAUGUUCUUACUCUCAGAUGUGAGCUAAUGGAGUAGAUGAGUGAACGAAGAAGUUCAGGACUAAUUGUAUAAGCUCUUUAAUAGAAUAAAAACAAAAAUGUUGCCAUCCCUGCCAAACUUUGAAGGUUGUUUGAUGACAUGGAAAAAAUGGUACUUUACUUUGAGGACUGUUAACCUCUUCGAGGUCCAUCCCCCAAAAGUUGAAACUAUGAAACCCAACUAAGCGCUAAAAUCCAGAUAUGAAGGUAGUGAAUGUAAGUAUUACAUCCCACUUUACUGUCUAUGGAGGACAAAAUCAGCCAUUAUUUACAACUAUUAUUUAUAACACUACAUUACAAACACCGUACAUAUACACAUUCAGAUGGUUCUGAUGGCAGACAUUUUCACUUGUCUUGAGAGCACAGGUGCAACUAAUAACAUAAAUGAUCGCUCUGUUCCAGGAUCCCAGAACUGCUACAUCUAAAUCAAAUGUAGCACAUUUAUCUGAUUUUCCUGCAGUGACAUGUCAAAAUGUCUUUCAUUAAAAUGGCCUGAUAACUAAUAUUAAAAUAAAGGGAAAAUACAGCACUAUGCAAUCAAAAAGACAAAUAAUGUCCUUACUCGUUAACUUUCCUUGUCCGUUUUUAUGGCAUAUGAUAUAUUAUAUGUUGAGUUUUCUGCAAUAUGAUAUUACAUUUUUGCUUUUCUUUGGCACUUUGCCGCUGUAGCCAAUUUUCCUCUUUCUCCUGAUGUCACAAUGUUAAUCCUUAAUAGCAUUUGCGGUUUGCCAGGUGUUUUUGGCAGGCACGUUGAUGAUGUGGUGGUACUUUGUUGCAUAGUGAGCCAAAAUAAAAAAUAUUUCAUUGUCAGCCAAGUAAGGUAAAUCCUAUCUAGAAAGGCACUAUGACAAUGAAUAACAGUGUUAAACACCACCUACAUGUGUUUACACAGCCUCGUAAUCUUAGCCUGCAGCAAUAAAGGGAAUUAAAUAGAGAAAUACAUUUCCUGUUAAUGCACUGUAUCUCUCAUUUAUUUCUUAAUUUGUGUUUAUUCACCUUAUAUAUUUAUUUAUUCUAUGUAUUAUUUAAUAUUUUGUUUAUUGUGUCUUGUAUGUAAUGGAUUUAGUUAUUGAUUAAUUUACCUGUAAUUUUCUGAUUUUGUCCUCCAUACACAUCCUUAUUUUCUGGCAAUGUAUGAUAAUCUUUUUAUGUGAAAAAAUAAAUGUAAUAUUGCAUGUAUUAAAUGUUAC